AAGAAAAUUAUAAAAACAAAAGUAUUACACCGUAUUAAGAGUCUUAUCUUCUGCUAACUAACUUAGCAUAGAGCGUUGUUUUGAUAACGUUUUGUUGGAAAACAUGCAUAAAUAAGAGAAACAAGAAAGCCAAAGAGGAACUACACCAACAAAGAAAAAGUAAGCAAAGCUCAUAAACAUGGAAGAAGCUAUUGGUGAGAUUUUAGUAGUGCCAUUCUUUGGACAAGGCCAUGUCUUUCCAUUAAUAGAGCUUUGUAAAAAACUCUCCAUUUUUUAUUUCAAAACUACACUCAUUCUUUCUUCCUCCAUCUCCUCCUCCAUCUCCUCCUCCUUGCUCCGCCACCCGUUCGUCCACGUGGCAGCCGUUAACGCCCCGUUACCGCCACCUCCUCGGCCAGAAAAAUUUGACCCUCAGCCUCUUAUGUUACAUUUCAAGCAAAUGAGACAAGGCAUGGAAAGUAUUUUGAAAUCUAACAUCGCUAAAAAUAAUAAGUGCACAAAAUUUAAAGUUGUUUGUGCUAUAGUUGAUUCCAUGAUGUUGGAACGUAUUGGAGAUGUUUUCACAAAAUUUCAAGUGCCUGUUGUGGCUUUCUUCACUUGUGGUGCUGCUUGUCUGGCCAUGGAUUAUGCUGCUUGGAAAGCUGAUGUAGAGUGCAUCAAACCAGGUGAAACCCGGUUUCUUCCGGGUUUACCUGAUGAAAUGGGCAUGGACUACGAUGAUAUAGUAAGGAGACACAGCUCAGAGGAACCAUCAAUUGUUGCUGAGAUUCCACGUACCAAGAAGAAAUCUUUUCCAACACAACCUGGUGAUGAGCCACCAUGGAUCCAAGAGGUAAAGGUUACAAUAGCCAUUCUUGUGAACACAUUUGAUGAAUUAGAGCAAAAAUUCCUGGACUACUUAGCAAAACAAACAGGACUUCCAAUUUGGGGCAUUGGCCCAAUGCUGCCAGAAAAAUUUUGGACACUCACCGCCACUAACUCCCUACUUCAUGAUAGAGAAAUUAGAACAUAUUCAAGUCACAAAACAAAUUAUUCAGAAGAUGAGGUACUAAAUUGGCUAAACUCAAAAUCUCCAAAUUCAGUAAUUUACAUUUCUUUUGGUAGUGAUGUUUUACCAACUUUACAAGAACAUGAAGAGAUUGCAAAGGCACUAGAAGAGAGUACAAGGCAAAAUUUCAUAUGGGUAAUUUCCAAAAAUCAAGAUUAUUAUCCUAAUGGUUUGGAAACUAAAGUUGGGAAAAGGGGUUUGGUUAUAAAUGGAUGGGCCCCACAAUUAUUGAUUUUAAGUCACUCGUCGACUAGUGGAUUCUUGACUCACUGUGGAUGGAACUCGACUAUGGAAGCGAUCGGACAAGGUGUUCCUUUAUUGGCUUGGCCAAUUAGGGGUGACCAAUUUUAUAAUGCAAAGUUAAUAGUGUGUCAUCUCAAGAUUGGUCACAUGGUAUCAUCAAUUAGAGAAAAUAUUGGGUUGAAAAGGGUUAAAAAGGAAGAAAUAAUACAAGGGAUUAAGGGAUUAAUGGAGGAUAAACAAGUUCAUAAUAGAGUGAAAGGUUUAAGUGGCAAAUUUAGACAUGGUUUUCCAGUUGGUUCAGCUACUGCUUUGCAUGAUUUCAAGGAUUUUAUUAUGCAAGCAAAGUGAUGAUUGGAGAUUGUUGAGGGGUUGUUCGCCGGAGUGGAUCUAGAUUUGAAAUUUAUGAGAACCCAAGCAACCUCAACUCCUCAAGUAUUAGUAAUUGAGUUUUCAAUUUAAUUUGUGAUGUACUUAGUAAAAUUUUAAUGCAUUUAUAGAGUCUGAACUAAAGCUAUUAAGAUCUAUCAGACCUAUAUUCAGGCUUAUGUUCUACAUCCGCCCCGGUUGUUUGUGCUAUAGAGUUAAGCAAGCUACCUUCUUUUUGUGUAUUUAAUGAUGAUGAUAUCUUCAGGUUUUUUGGCAAAAAAAUAAAUGAUAUCUUCAGGUUUCA